CGUCGAUGAAAAAAAAUACCGAGCGAGCGGCAGAAGGGCCGGGGGAUGCACAACGGCUCAGAGGAAACAGCUUCACAGGAGAAAAACCAGGAAUGCUGAUGCUGCUGAACAUGGAGUGUCGCCUCCUUUGCGGAAUAAUCCUGGUGAACGCUGAUGUGUCCGGUCAGUGAGUUUUUAAAGGAUAAAGAUUUGGGCUCACACUUUGUUUUCUAACCGUUGAUACACACAUCUGCAAUGAUGCGGGCUGUGGACUGGGGACGAGCCGCUGCGAUUGUACUCUGCCUUUUGGGAUACCUUUCCUCCGGAGCUGUCGCCAAAACACUACCGGAGGACACUGGCACAGAAGAGGUGACUCUGAAGGUUCACCUGAGCGAUGCCAGCACUCACCAGCCCCUGGGAGGAGCCUCCAUACAGCUCUUUGCCAACCACACGCCUGUAACCUCGGAAACCUCAUCACCUGAUGGCAACACCUACCUGCGCUUCUCCUACCGCCUUGGGACACCAUUGGUCGUCACCGCAACCAAACAAGGAUAUGUGCCAAACUCUGUGCCCUGGAGUCCCUCAAGAUUACCUGUAUUUUCCUCCAUCAGCCUGGACCUGCUACCAGAGAGAGCUGCUACUCUAAUGGUGUAUGAAGAUGUGGUGGAGAUUGUGUCAGGAUUACAAGGUUUACGGCAUCAGCCCAGCGUUCACUUCCAGCGCAGAGCUCUGAGUCUUCCCUCCAACACGUCCUAUGCCAACCUAACUGCUCUGCUCACUGUGGCCAGCUCCCCCUCGCACAUCCAGCACUUCCCCCACCUGCAGGUCCUCAGCGGCAAUGGCACAGGGACUGAGAAGAGGUUUGAGUUGACUCCUGUAGCGGCAAUCUCUGUUCACUUAUUGGCCAGCGACGGAGUGGAGCUGCAGGUGAAUGAGCCAAUCACGGUCUCCGUCCCCUUGCCGGCUGACAGUGGCCUGAAGGAAAAUGAUCAUAUCCCUGCUUGGAGAUUUGACCCGCGCUUGGGUGCCUGGAUAAAGAGCAGCUGGGGUCACGUGCAGCGGGAGGGCAACCAGCUCAGUCUGACCUACAUUGCUCCUCAGCUGGGAUAUUGGGUGGCCGCCAUGUCUCCACUGCACUCAGGUCCAGUGUUUGCGAAGGACAUCAGCACGUACCACACCUUUUUCCUGUUGGCUAUACUGGGAGGCAUGGCUCUCAUCCUGCUCUGCCUGCUUUGCCUUCUGUUGUACUACUGCAGGCGUCGUUGUUUGAAGCCUCGAGGGUCUCACCGUAAGCUGACACUAUCCUCCGGUCUAGACAGCAGUAAGAGGGACCAAGCCACCUCCAUGUCCCACCUGAACCUCAUCAGCAACGAGGUGCAGUUGGAACUUGUUUCCACAGCGACUGAGCCCGACAUGACCACACCAAUGCUGAAGCCUUCCUCGUAUGAGCACCAAGACAAUCAACGUCAACACAGCCUAAUCCAUCACAGCAAACACAGCCGCUCCUCGCUCGGCAACAACAGCCACCACGGCUCAUCUCUUGGCAAUCUAACGCCUCGCAGCAGAGACUACCGGCAGUCUGUGGAAACGUUCCAAUUAAAGUCUGCCCUUUCAUGUGGAACAGACAGAGGCUACCGUCAAUCAUAUACCUCCGUCUGCUCAUCCAGCAACCCCAUUUCAGACACACUGUCAUCAGCCAAUCACGGUCAGGUGUCGGCUAACCAGCUGAGCAGUGUCGGGGUUGUUGAUUGCAUCUCCCCCUCCUCUCCUCCUCACUCCCCCAGCAGAGGGGAGGGGUGUGAGUGCAGAGCUCCUGACUACCUUCUGUCGCGCUCUGUGGACCACCUGGAGCGUCCCAGCCCCCCGUUGCUGUCUCGGCCGGGCCAGCUGCUCUGCUGCGGCUCCGUGGACCUGCUGAGUGGAGGAGAAGGCUACCCGAGGGUGCGUCCUACACUGGUGAUCCCAGCACACUACAUGCGGCUGCCCGGCGAGCACCCUCUGUCUGGUCAGGCCCUCCUGCUGCAGACUGACCAGCAGAGUGAUCUGGAGACCAUCCAGGCUGAGCUCAAUGCCUCACAUUCCCAGCAGCCCCUGGGGGGAACCCCCACUGACAGUGCCCCACAUCCCAACAAACAGAGUGAUGGAGAACGGCUUGGCCUGUCAGAGUCUCUUUCUAUCCCAGCAGCACUUGGGGACACAGGUCUAGUGGAAAUAAACAGUGAGGACACCUUACUGGCUGAAAAGACUUUAAUGGAGCUAAGGGGAGGGAAGCCUCUGCCUCACCCACGGGCCUGGUUUGUCUCACUUGACGGACGCUCCAACGCUCAUAUUCGCCACUCCUACAUCGACCUGCAGCGGGCGGGGUGCCACAGCAACACACCAAGUGGAGGAGGUCAGCAGGGUAAUGGCAAAAGUGGGAAGCGCGGCAACGAUGCUAGUCUGGACUCCGGCGUGGACCUGAACGAGCCGAGAGCAGGCCGAGGGAGAGGGAGAGACGGGGGGCGGGAGGAAAGAGAUGUCGACAGGUCGAAAGGCACGACACCAGCCAUGGCGUACACUCAGCUGGUGUACGUGGACGACCUAGACGUGGGAGGCAGCGAGGAGGAGACGCCCAAGUGCAGCCCACAGGACAGUAUAACAGGACCCAUCCUGUCAGACAAAGCGGAGGGUCAGAGAGGGGAUCACUGUCAGGGGGAGGUGGAGGGGAAAAGAGUAGAAGGGGUACAAAUACACGAGGAGCCGCCCUCACUGUCCUCAUCCCCUGCUUCUCCUCCUCCCCUGCCAACACCAGAGGGAGAGACGUUCAGGACUGAUCAUGUGCUGCUGUCAGUCUCUCCUGAUGAUGAUGCAGCACACGAGGAUGGAGAGGAGGAGAAGAAGAGUCCCUGGCAGAGGAGAGAGGAGCGACCCCUGCUGGCCUUCAACAUGAAAUGAUACACAGAUGACCACUUCGAGGAUAGGUUCACAUUUUUUGUCAUGGAGUAUUGAUAUGCCCAUAUAUGCAUUGAAUGUGUUUUUGGUCGGAGUAAUUGCUCCUCCUGUCCACACUGGCUCUACUUAAAGCUAUUUUAAAGGGGAGCUUCAGUAUUUUUAAACAUAUUUUCCCAUCUUUUUGUGUCUAAGUGACUAGUGGGAACAACAAUUUCUGAAAUUGGUCCAGUAUUGAGAGAGAGUGCUGCAGUCUGCAGCAAUAAAACCCAGGCCCCGUUAGUUUAUCUCCAUUAAAAGUGAUUGUUUUUGCUACUAACAGACUCAGAUUAUUUGUAAGUGUCUGACAACAUUAUGGAAAGGUCCCUACCAAGAAAUGAAACAUUUUUCUGUACCUUUCACUGAUGAUGUUUUGUGUCCAAGUCUCGCUGACGAAAAGUCUCACUCACUCACUCAAAUUUCACAGACUUUCUCACAUUUUUGAAAUCAACUAAAUAUUCAGCCAUGUCAUUGAAAAUUUUGUUGAUAAGACUAAGAUACGCCGUCUGUGCUCCAACACAAACAAACAAAGAACUCUCUCCAACUCUCACUCAUGUUUCCAUCGGUUACCUCCUGCAAUAAGGCACCUCUCAUGAGAAAGAGACUUCUCCUUUAGCAAGACUUGGACACAAAACAGACCAGAUAAACUGAAAGGUUCAGUAAAACGUUUUAUUCCUUUGUAGGAUUCUUUCCAUAAUGUUGUAAGACACUCCUAAUAACAAUCUGAGCCCGUCAGUGACAAAAACUAGCACUUCAAGUAGUUGGCCUGUUUUGCCGCUGCCGACUGCAGCUGUCUCGCACAGCACUAGAUCAGUUUAAAAAGUUAUUGUUCCUACGAAUCACAUGGGAAAAUAGAGUCCACAUUGAAAAAUACUUGAGUUCCUCCUCCCUGUAUGAGCUGAUGGAUGAAAUUGACAAUCCUCCUCCUGUGCUAAAAUUCAUUCUGAUUCAGCCGAAGCUAAUUGGAGGCUUAAGAUCCUGAGUUAGUGACAUCAAAAUUAGUUUUUCAGAUAAAGUACAUUGUUAAUCCCAGUAGGAAAACACAGCAUUGCAGCAGCCAAGUCACGCAUGAAACACAACACAAAGUUGGAUGACUACAUGAAUAGAGUAAUGAAAACAAAUCUAAGAACUGGGACCGUACUCUAUAUACAAGAGAGGCCAGUGUUAGCCAAAGAUACUAGGUGAGGUGAAUUGCCACAAGUCUUGAGUCAUAACUCAAUCUCAGUUUGACUUAUACUCCCUGACAUCAUUAUCUCAGAUGUCCAUCAUAAUAAAGAGCCAUAAGUCUGCUAAAUAUAACUCCAGAACUUGUCUGUGAAUCAUCACUUAUUUAAGUUUUCUUCAUUAUCAGAGUAAUCCAGUGAUGUUUGUCUAUACAGUCAUGGAUAUACUGAAAACACACUGAGCCAGGACCAUGUUCUUUGUCCUUCAUCUCACUGAAAUCACAUUAGGAAUGGAUCUGUUUGCCGUUAGUGAGACAGGAGGAGCAUGUAAAGCAACUGAAAUUGUUCAGCUGCACGUGUGGGCAGAUCAGUUUUGAGAUAGACUUGAAAAAAUGUGAAUUAAUCCUUAAAUCAUGACUCCCCCCUCUGCUCAGACCACAACGUGAAAGACCAUUUAAAUUGAAGCCCUUUGUUUUCCUUAAUAGAGCACUGAGAAGACAUUUCAGCACUGGGAUCCCUUCUAGCCAAGAGCACGAAGGGACGAUUCAGAUCCUUCACGAACCUCCAGGUCCCCUUUAUGAAAGUACCACUGUUGCACUCCACUUUGUCAUCCUCAUGACCCUCUACACGAACACACCACUCAUCAGGAAUAUCGUAUGCAUCGUCUGAGGGAGACAAACGGAUGUUGGAGGCAAGAAUAUUUUAUGCACAACAGAUAUAUGCCUUUUUUUUUUUAUAAAUAGCCUUGUAAGCAUAAAGGAACUGAAACAGAUGAUGGGUGGUUCUCACAUUUGAAAGACUACAGGAGCCUUUUUUUUUCUUGAGCCAUAUUGGCCUCAGUCCACUGACUGUAAAGAACACACCACACUACUUUCAAGUGAAAUUAUAACCCUUAUUUUUAAGACUGUGGAGCAUCUUUGCAAAACACAGCAACUGAUUCUACUCUUCUCACAGUCUGCACAAGAAUCAGCCCUGACGUCAACAUGUGAAUCCUGAGCUUCGGAUAGUUUGGAGUAUGUUGCUAGAAUUUAAUCUAGCCAGUCAGAAGGCUGCACGGAUGUUUCUACGUGAUCUACAGAUGGUUUGGACUGAAGAAAGUAAACCACUAUCCGCACUGCAACAGAUAAUGUGACACACCACUAUGCUGGUGGGCAAGGAUCUAAUACCACUACGAAGACUGUAGCUCCACCCAAAUUAAUUGUGAGGUGUAAUAAUAUGAAGGGUUUUGUAACUGUUGAACCACUGACUGGCAUAUUUUUUGCUCUGAAGGCUAUGCAUCACUUUUAUACGGCUGCUUGAGAUGCCUUUUUUGUAAUUUUAAUCAUUUUAAUUGCCAACAUGAAGUAUUUUACCCGAAAAAUAGGCUAUUUUUAUUUCUUCGAAUAUGUUAAGGGCUUUUCUUCUUCACCCGCCUUAUCGUUAGAGUUACAAAAAACAAAACACAUAACUGCAAGUUUUACCUGAAACCAAACUAUUUUUGCAUGCUGAGUUUAACCUUGAUUUUUUUUUUUUUUUUUUUUACCAUUUCCUCACGUUCCAAGUGCCUUUGAACAACCUGACUCUGCAACGAAUUUGUGGAACAGAUUACCUUAUUUAUUUCUCACCUUCCUUUGCCUUCAGCUUUUCUCCUCUACCUCAGCCCUCCCUUUCUCUCCCACUUGUGAAAGAAAGCAUGCAGUAAACUUUCCUCGGCACUAGCGUAUUAAAAGCUACACUGCAGACAUCUCAGAAAAUGUCUACCAGCUGCUGCAAUCGUAAAAUCCUCUACAGUAAUCAGCAAGGCACCAAUCUGUCUUAGAGUAAGCAGUUAAGGAUUUACACAAGUUUUCAGUGUAGCACGGGAUAGAUAAAGCUAAGUGUGAUUGUAUGUGAAGCUAAACUGCAGGUCAUUUCAGUGCAUUUUCUUAUUUUGGUGUUUUUUGGAUGGUGAAUGUUUUGUCUCGAAUGUGUUUACGUGCGCCUGAGUGGUGGUGGUGGUGUUCCUCUGCUGCUGGCUGUGAGUUUGUGUUGUCCACGUGAUGAAUAAUCAACAUGCAUCCACUCAAGGAUCAUAUAGUCAUAGCAAUCAUAUUACAGAGUGUGUAUAGUUCUUUCCUUUCCUCUACCAGGUCAAAAUGAUGUGUGAGUUGGUGUUGUGAAUGGCCUCUUUCCUCUUAGUAUCCCACAGCAACCUCCAGCUCUAGGGUGGAGUUGCAGCACAGCAUCCUGAGUGUGUAACUUGGUUGCUUGCAUUAUAUUUGAAGCCUAUUAUUCUGAAUAAACCGCCAAACUGGAA